UGAUGAAUUACAAAGAUAUCUGAAGCUUUUUCGGAUUUUCAUGUUGAGAAUGGGAAGUUCAAUUGCUGUAGUAAUUUUAUUCUUGUUUUCAGCAGCUGCAGCAGCUGGUCAUUAUAAACAUCUUGAUGGGAUUUGCAAAUCCAUGGUAGUUUCACAAGGCUACCUUUGCCAAGAACAUAAAGUUAUAACAGAUGAUGGUUAUGUUCUUAGCAUGCAGAGAUUACCUGCAGACAGCUCUGGUUCUCCAGCAUACAAGCCGCCGGUUCUACUGCAGCACGGGAUUAUGUCGGAUGGUUCAACAUGGCUAUUCAAUGACCCAGAUGAAGCUUUAGGUUUCAUAUUGGCAGACAAUGGCUACGACGUAUGGAUUAGUAACACUCGUGGGACUAGACAUAGUCAAGGGCAUACCUCACUCUGUCCUAAAGAUCCGGCUUAUUGGAAUUGGUCGUGGGAUGAAUUAGCUGCUCAUGAUCUUCCUGCUAUGUUCAACUAUAUUCAUAAUCAGACAGCGCAGAAAAUUUACUUCGUUGGUCAUUCCUUGGGAACUUUGACAAUGAUGGCUGCCCUUUCGCAAGAUAAGUUGUUAAACAUGACAGGAGGUGCGGGUUUUCUUAGUCCAAUUGCAUACCUUAGUCACACCACAUCGUCCUGUUGUAGAGCGGCUUCCGAUUUAUUUUUAAGUGAGGAGUUCUAUUGGUUGGGUUUGCACGAACUUAUACCAGGAGGAGUUGCUACCACCAAGCUUCUUAAAGAUAUUUGCACUAAGCCUGAAAUUAAUUGCACUGACAUAAUGUCUGCUUUUACCGGCCCAAAUUGCUGUAUAAAUUCUUCAAGAACAAACGAUUUUCUAGAUCAUGAACCUCAACCAACUGCCACCAAAAAUGCGAUCCAUUUGUCUCAAAUGCUCAGAACAGGAAAUAUAGCAAUGUACGAUUAUGGAAAUAUAAUAGAGAACAUGGAGCACUACAAUCAGCUAACACCGCCAGCGUACGACCUCACAAUGAUUCCGAAUGAUAUUCCUCUAUUUUUGGCCUUCGGAGAAAAGGACAUGCUUGCUGAUCUACAAGAUGUGCACAUGCUGCUAGAAAAGCUCAAAUAUCAUGACUUGGAAAAGCUUGUUCUCCUCAAAAUAGAGGAUUAUGCUCAUGCUGAUUUCGUUUUCGGUGAGAAUGCCAAUGAAAAAGUCUAUGAUCCUCUUAUGGAUUUUCUAGAUUCAAUUGACGAGUUCAGGAGAGUGAAGAAAGUGAAGGCGUAGUCUAAUGGCUAUGUCACUUCAAUGUGCAUUCCGAGGUUAGGGAACCCCUAACCUCGGAAACCUGGUUGAUUUCUAUAUUUAUAAUGUUAUUUUUAUCUGUAACCGGGAGGACUUGUCUUCAGUUGUACGGUCCACCUCUAACUUUGGCAUAAAAAAUAAUUGAUGAGGUUCAUAUAUUAUUAAUAUAUUUUUGUUUUUUAAA